AUGGCUUCUCGGUGGAACCGCCCGCUCAGGCGUGAGAGUGCCAACGAGCCCGCCGUAACCAUCGGUCUACGCAUACAGUAUACUGGCAUCAAAGCCUUACACUACCCUCGCGCGCUACCUGGUACUCCAGAACUCGUCCCGAAGUCACUACUUCAAGAUGUUCGACAAGAUCUCCGGGCAUCCGGACUGGGCAGCGCUCUUCCCAACAAUGACAACGCGCACUUCAGUGCACUAAUGAAGAACACCGUAGAGAUAUUCUGGCCACAUCUCUCCGCUCAUCAAGCCAAGUCCUUGAAGGUACAUCUCUGGACUCGGUUCGAGAAGAUUACGGUGGACAUGCUCGCGUCACGAUCAGUAUCAUGCAUGAUGUUUUAUAUUCUGCCAGGCUCUUUGGACUCGUUACAUACACAUCCUCCUGAAGAAGACUUACAAGGCUUUGUCUGCGAUCCAGGCACCGUAGACAAGACGUUCGCAUCAACGUGUCGAGGUGCCAUGGCUCUCAUUCGCCACGCUCAGGAACAGGACAUGCUAUCAACUUUGCGUGCCUCUACAGACGACAAGCCCACAGCUUUUUCCGCCACCGAACAUCGCGGUAGAUCUCCGGCCAGACCCGAUCGUGGUACCUCCGCCCGUUCAUCGACCAGUCGAGAUCCCAUGCAGCUUAGGGAGAGACGGCGGUCCUCGUCCCCACCGUCGAAUACAUGGCGCCCUCCGAAUAGACUUCCACCCACUGGUCCCCGUGCAGAUAGGCUCCGCCAAGUGCGUAGCCCACCUCGUGCGAACGCGCCUCCCUCGCCAGCGCGCAAACGCUCUCCAGACCCAGCCUACGGCGAUAGAGCGGAGGAGGAGAUCCGCGAGCUGAGAGCGAAAGUUCGCAGACUUGAGGACUCGCGCGACGCAGCACAGACUCGGGCACGCGAACUGCGCCGAGAGGUAGAUGCCAUCCAAGCGUACGAAAGGAGCGCGCCUUCUCUCUCAGAGAUGAAGGAUGAGAUCCUAAAGCUCAAAGCGCGGACCCGACGUGUCGAGGACCGUGAACUCCAACUGCACCGAUGGCUGAAGGAUAUGUUGGGUGAAGAGUGGCAUGCCGAAAGAGAUGCGGACUUGGAUGACGCGCUCGCCCUUCUGAAAACGAAGCUCACAAACCUCCGCGUCAAGGCCGAGCAAUCCGAAGCUGAGCUUGCACGCUUGGAGCAGUACAAAACACGAGAACGCGAUCUGCAUCAUGUGGAUGCCGAGGCUAUGGUCGUGCCGGCGCUCCUUGAAGCACUGAUGCAGAUCGCAGACUCGACAGGCGGCGCACCCAUCAGCCUGGGCGUGUCUAGCGCCAAACCGGUAGCUUAUGAGGAUCCAAACUGGUAG